AUGGCUUGUCUUGACGGAGCCUCUGGGAAGUACAGGAACUUCAGGAAAGACGAUUUCGAGGCUGACUGGAUUAAGGUGGCAGAAUGCAGAUUCAGCCAGGUGUACCGAGUCAAGCUCAAACUCUGGCGCGAACAGUGUGCCCUCAAAAAAAUUGACCCAAGUCUUUCUGCAAACAGCCCUUACAGGAGUAGUACAGACGAGGUUUCUGUGAUAGCCAAAGUGAAAUUUAAGUAUCUAGUGUCCAUCUACGGGCUGUGCAGUGAACCAUCUGCCAUGGUGAUGGAGUACAUGAGUAACGGCUCCUUGGAUAAUCUCUUGGCCAGUCACACUUUGAUGUGGCCCAAGAAAUUCCAGAUGAUUCAUGAGGUUACCAUGGGCAUGAAUUUCCUCCACAGCCUUAAACCUCCCCUGCUCCAUCUCAACCUCAAAACGUCCAACGUCCUACUUGACGAUCACCUUCAUGUCAAAAUCUCGGACUUUGGUUUGAUCACGUGGGCGGAGGGUUUUAAAACAAAGUUCAUGGAACAUCUCACAGCAAGGGGGAACAUAAGUUACGUUCCUCCUGAGACCUUCACGCAGUGCCCCAAGCCUCCAGGAACGUCCUUUGAUGUUUACAGCUUUUCAAUUGUGAUGUGGGAGAUUCUGACACAGCAGAAACCCUACUCAGGGAGCAGUGUGACUAAAGUACUGAUACAGGUGUCAGCUGGAAAAAGGCCAAAUGUGGAGAUGAUAUCGGAUGACAAGCCUGAUGAGUGUGUUCAGCUGAUCAGCAUAAUGCAGCAAUGCUGGGACCUGGACCACAAGAAGAGGCCACCAUUCUCAGAUACUGUUAAGACAACAGAGGCGCUGAGUGAAGUUAUAAAGACACCAGGAGGGAACCAGCCUCAACGAGAUGGAAACCAAGAAAAGAAAAUGGACUACCCGUGGCUGGUGUCCCCUGCACAGAAAUUUGCUGUGCCUGAGAUGCCAGACCUUCCCUCAGAUGCGCAGCAUGGGAAGGAUGGCAUUCUCUUUCUCUUGUCGAAGAAGGACUUUGGCAAUUUCAGAAAGUCGGUGAAAAGCGAACACACAGCUGUGCUUUUUUCUGAUAACAACAGUCUUCUCCACUACACUGUGGCCAGUGGGGAUGUGGAGAGUGUCCAACAUGUCUUGAGUCUUGGUGCUAACGUCAACUGUCCUAGUACCAGAGGUUAUACUCCUCUCAUUGUUGCUGUAGUGCACAGGCUCCAUGACAUCAUAUUCCUUCUGUUGAAGCAUGGAGCAGAUGCUUCCCAAGGAGACAAGGACCAGUGGACAUCUCUUCAUUUUGCUUGCCAGAUUGGUGAUGAUAGGACCGUGCGGAUGCUGCUGGACAGAGGAGCAGUGGUAGAUGCAAAGGAAAAAGCUGGUUGGACAUCCCUCCAUCUGGCCUGCCAGAAUGGCCACGAAUCUGUGGUGCGGUUGCUGCUGUCACGCCUGUCAGAAGAGGUAGUUGGGAUACGAGAGGAAGUGCAGGGGAGGACACCGUUCCACCUAGCCUGUGCCUAUGGCCAUGUCAGUAUUGCCAAGCUCCUCCUCUCUAAAGGGGCUGACCCUAACAUCACUGACUGCUCUCUUUGCACUGCCUUGCACCUGUCAGCUGAGCAAGGUCACAACAGAGUUGUCAGACAGCUGAUGAAGAAUGGGGCACAGAUCGACUGUGUGGACAGCAGAGGUUACACACCACUCCACCUGGCUGCUCUAAAGGGACACACAGGCAUCUGCAGGCAGUUGUUAUCAUGUGGAGCCAGCCCAAACCCCAGAACCCUGCAGGGUUGGACACCCAUACACCUGUCGGCCUUCAGGGGUCACCAGGACACUGUGCUCCAGCUAGAGAGCCAGGCUGGCUGUGUGAAUGCUAAGGGUGAGAAUGGUUGGACACCCCUCCACCUAGCUUGCCAUCAUAGCCAGCAGGAGGUAGUAGCCAAGCUACUGGCUGCCAAAGCUGACCCCAAUGUGACAGAGGAGGGUGGUGGUUGGACACCACUUCAUUUGGCCUGUAACAAUGUCAGUUUCCAAAGUGUCCUUCAGCUGAUCUCACAUCAUGCAGAUGUCAAUGCAGUAAACUGGGGGAAAGCCACACCUCUGCACCUGGCUGCCCAACAUGGCUGUAUCCCCAUAAUAAAGGCCUUGCUCCUGAAUGGUGCAGACAAGACACUGAUAGAUUCAUCCGGAGCCACAGCGCUGAAUGUGGCCCAGAUGAGUAAACAAGGAGAGGUAGUGGAACUUCUAGCAUAG